GGAGGAGAUUCUUCAUGUUGGACCUUUAAUCGCCGUGUUUACCUGUUUCUGUGCGCGUGCUGGUGGGGCAGACAUUUGUUUUGUUGACGCCAGGCCUGAACGCACCGGAGGCGCGCUGCUGUUUCCAAGACAUGGAGAAUGAAGAUGGGGAUUACCAUCAUUUCUGCAGGAUAAACACUGGCCUGUGUGCCACAGCAGCCAGAGCGCGCAGUGAUUGGCAAAAAUAGCACGAAACCGUUUUAUUUCAUCAUAUUUAAAUCUAUUCCCACGCAGGUAGAACGAAAGGCGACCAGGCUGCCAAAGCGUAGCCUUUUCUAGGCUAAUUCCUUAUUCCUGUUUUAUUUAUUUUUUUGCAAGAAGUGGGUGUUGUUUUGAGUUUUCAGCCCACCUUUCCCCCCCCCCCCUGAUUUCUCUGAGUGGGAAAUAAUGAUCUGGAAGGAGAGCUCAGUCACAUCGAUGGGCAGCCUGACCUUGUUUUGGGCUUUGCUGCUCUCUGUCUCCACUAUAAGCUCCAUACAUGGAGAGAUUUGCAGCCCGAGCAUUGACAUCCGAAAUGACAUCAGUGAAUUAAAACGGCUCGAGAACUGCACGGUGGUGGAAGGCUACCUACAGAUCCUCUUAAUCAACAAGAAAACGAGCAACAUCAACCAGGAGGUCCUCCGCUCCCUCAGCUUCCCAAAGCUGACCGUCAUCACCGACUACCUCUUCUUGUUUCGCGUCUCGGGCCUGGACACCCUUAGCAUUCUCUUCCCCAACCUGAGUGUCAUACGUGGGCAAAAUCUUUUCUACGACUAUGCCUUGGUGAUCUAUGAGAUGACCAGCCUGAAGGACAUAGGCCUGUACAACCUGAGGAACAUCACCCGUGGAGCCGUGCGGAUUGAAAAGAACCCAGAGCUCUGCUACCUGGACUCUGUGGACUGGUCUCUGAUUAUGGACGCUGAGGUAAAUAAUGUUUUGAAUGGAAACAAGAAGGCAAAGGAGUGUGACAAUGUCUGCCCGGGCAUCAUGGAGGAUAACCCUCUCUGUCAGAGGACGUCGAUCAAUGACAAUAACGACUACCGCUGCUGGACAUCAAAACAGUGCCAGAAAGUCUGUCCGGAGCAAUGCAAGUUGGCUUGUACGAACAAGGGGGACUGCUGCCACAGCCAGUGCCUGGGGAGCUGCACCGAACCCAACAACGACAUGGCCUGCUCAGCCUGCCUCCACUACAACCACGAGGGUCGCUGCGUGCCCGACUGUCCCCCGGGAACCUUCAGGUUUGAGGGCUGGCGCUGCAUCACCAUGGACCUGUGUGCACAGGUGCACCUGCCCAGCGAUCUCCACUUCGUCAUCCAUGACGGAGAAUGCAUGCCUGACUGUCCCUCCGGUUUCACACGCAACAACACUAAUCGCAUGCUGUGCGCCGCUUGUAACGGACUGUGCGACAAGUUGUGCAUGUCCCCCGUCGUUGCAUCUGUGGACACCGCUCAGUCCCUGAAGGACUGCACCAUCAUUGCAGGAAAUCUGAUCAUCAACCUUCGCAGUGGAAAAAAUAUUGCCGCCGAGUUGGAGAAAUUCAUGGGACUGAUCCAGACGGUGACGGGCUUUGUGAAGAUUCAAAACUCUCAUGCGCUCAGCUCGCUGUCCUUCCUCAAGAGCCUUCGUUACAUUAACGGGGAGGAGCUUUUUGAGAACAUGUAUUCAUUCUCCGCCGUCAACAACCAGAACCUGCAGUCGUUGUGGGACUGGAGUGAGCACAACCUGACUAUUCGAGCGGGGCGUCUCUUCUUCCGCAAAAACCCCAAACUCUGCAUGUCUGUGAUUCACACGAUGUGGGAGAACACGGGCAUCCAAGUGAAGCCCCAGGAAGGUGACUUCCUCAACAAUGGAGAACGAGCCAGCUGUGAAGGUCAUAUCUUGAAGUUCAAGUCUAACGCCACAACAAACGACACAAUCACACUCACAUGGGAGCGCUACCAGGUCCAGGCGAGUGGAGGUCUCGUCAGCUUCAUAGUCUACUACAAAGAGUCACCUUUCCAGAACAUCACAGAGUUUGAUGGCCAAGAUGGCUGUGGCUCAAACAGCUGGAACAUGGCGGACAUAGACCUUCCCAAGGCUGAAAGUACAGACCCAGCGUUCACCCUUCAAGAUCUCAAGCCCUGGACUCAAUAUGCAAUUUUUGUGAAGGCCAUCACCCUGCAGGUGGACGAAAAACACAGUUCUGGGGCCAAAACGGACAUUAUUUAUAUUCGAACUCGCCCGUCGUUGCCUUCUGUACCCAAUGAAGCCCAUGCAUUUGCCAACUCCUCAACCAAGCUGCUAGUGAAGUGGUUACCUCCAACCCUUCCCAACGGAAAUCUGAGUUACUACCUGGUGCGCUGGCAGCGGCUGCCUGAGGACAGGAGGCUCUUCCAAUAUAACUACUGCUCUAAAGUGCUUAAAAUCCCAACCCCGAUCCCAGCGUCAGGACUCACAGAUGUGGAAGACAAGACAAAGCCCACCAAGUCAGACCUGACCGGGGAGAAGAGCGGUCUUUGCUGCACCUGCCCGAAGACGGCAGAGGACACCGACAGGGAGAAGCACGACCGUUAUUUUUUAAAAGUUUUCGAGAACUUCCUCCACAACGCUAUCUUUCUUCCAAGACCUCAAGACCGUCGGCGCAGGGACGUUUUUGGUGUUGCGAACAACACUUUGUUUCCGGAGGUUGGUCAGGGAAAUACCUCGUAUGUUCAAAAAGACAACAGCACAGAUGGGAUUCCUCCUGCCAUUGAGCACCCCUUCUUAGAGGACAAAACUUUGGCAGAACAUUUAGAAAUCUCUGGGCUGCAACCUUUUACUGUCUAUCGUAUCGACAUCCAUGCCUGCAACGAGGAGGUGGGCGACAUCUGCAGCAUCGGAGCUUUUGUCUUUGCCAGAACUAAACCUGCAGCCAAAGCAGAUGACAUCCCGGGAAAGGUUGUUUUUGAGAGGAGUGACAAAAUUGAAGGGUGUGUGGUUCUGCACUGGCCCGAGCCCGUCAUGCCCAACGGACUUAUACUGAUGUAUGAGAUCAAGUACCGUCUGGGGACUGAGUCCGAGAAACACAGCUGUGUGUCGCGACAGCAGUACCGCCAGUACAAAGGAGCCCGUCUGACCAACCUGAGCCCAGGAAACUACUCCGCUCGUGUCCGUGCCACAUCGCUGGCAGGAAACGGCUCGUGGACGGAAAGCAUCUCUUUCUACGUGCCUCCACCUAAACGAGAUGAUUAUGCUACACUCUACUUGGCCAUCAUACUUCCCAUCAUAGCGACUCUUUUCAUCGCCAGCCUCACCACCAUUCUUUUCUUUAUCAACAAAAAGAGGAACAACAACAGACUCGGGAAUGGAGUUCUUUAUGCAUCUGUCAACCCAGAGUACAUCAGUGCUGCUGAAAUGUAUACUCCGGAUGAGUGGGAGGUGGCCAGAGAAAAGAUCACGAUGCACAAGGAGCUGGGUCAGGGCUCCUUCGGCAUGGUGUACGAAGGCAUCGUUAAAGGCGUCGUCAAGGACGAACUCGAGACACGGGUGGCUAUCAAGACCGUCAACGAGUCAGCCAGCAUGAGGGAGCGGAUAGAGUUUUUGAACGAGGCGUCUGUCAUGAAGGAGUUCAACUGUCACCACGUGGUGCGGCUGCUGGGUGUGGUCUCUCAGGGACAACCAACCUUGGUGAUCAUGGAGCUGAUGACCCGUGGAGAUCUCAAGAGCCACCUGCGCUCUCUGCGUAAUGAGAACUCCAACACUCAGGUCCUUCCCCCACUGAAGAAGAUGACCCAGAUGGCAGGGGAAAUCGCCGACGGUAUGGCUUACCUAAAUGCCAACAAGUUUGUCCACAGAGACCUGGCUGCCAGGAACUGCAUGGUAACGGAGGACUUCACUGUGAAGAUCGGAGAUUUUGGCAUGACCAGAGAUAUUUACGAGACGGAUUACUACCGGAAAGGAGGGAAGGGGCUGCUGCCUGUUCGCUGGAUGUCUCCCGAGUCCCUGAAAGAUGGCGUCUUCACUACAAUGUCUGAUGUCUGGUCGUUUGGUGUCGUGUUGUGGGAGAUCGCCACCUUAGCAGAACAGCCUUACCAGGGCAUGUCCAACGAACAAGUGCUGCGCUUCGUCAUGGAUGGAGGACUCCUGGACAAACCCGACAACUGCCCAGACAUGCUGUUUGAGCUGAUGAGGAUGUGCUGGCAGUAUAACCCUAAGAUGCGGCCGUCCUUCCUGGAGAUCAUCAGCAGCAUCAAACAGGAUAUGGACCCCCACUUCAGGGAAGUAAGUUUCUUCUACAGCGAGGAGAACAAGCCACCGGACACGGAGGAGCUCGACAUGGAGGUCGAAAACAUGGAAAACAUUCCACUGGACUCUGUUUCUACGAGGCAGCCGUCUGCUGUUCACUUGUCUGGGUGCUCGGGCGGCACUUCGCCUCCUUCCGCCCAGCAGUUAGCGCCCAUGCAGGGCUCAAGUACUCCAUUGCUAGGUCCCGUGUCCCCGUCGUCCCCGGUAGCCUCAGCUGGGACGUCUUCGGGACACGGCUCGGACAAGCACUCAGGACACGCGUCGCCUAACGGGCCUGUGGUGGUUCUACGGCCCAACUUUGACGAGCUGCAGCCGUAUGCGCACAUGAACGGGGGCAGAAAGAACGAACGGGCGUUGCCGCUGCCCCAGUCGUCGGCCUGCUGAUAUCGGUCCAGCUCCUCCUCCUUUCCUCUCACAGGGUAACUUAAACCUCUCUCAGUCUCCUAAGGAGGGAUGGAUGAGGUAUGAAAACAACUUUGUUCUACUGUGUGCCAGUGGAAGGUCUCUGCUCCUGUUUAGGGAGUGAAAAAGACCAGAAAAUACAAACUGUAAAAACUGUAAAACAGCACAGAAACCUGCUGAGGCAUUUGGAGUUGGUGGCUCAGAAACACUGGGGGAGUCCUUCCUGCGCAGCCUGCAUUUUACAUAUAAACUUAGGGCAAUAGAAACUUAAAAAAUGUACUUUUUUUGACAUAUCUGCCAGCAAAAACCAACAGAAGAGCACUUUUUGCCCUGAGGAUUUCAGAGGAUGUGACGGAUAUUUGAGUGUGUAUUUAUAUAAUCACAUCCUCCUCUCCACAAUACGGUUUAUCUCCAUUUCUCUGUUUUCAUGAGUCGACUGGCUCGUGAUGUGUGAGGUCGCCUCAGUUAAAGGUUUAACAAUAUUACAUUUAAAUAUGGAUAUUUUAAUGUGAUCCCGUCAGGUGUGGGGGAAAAUGAGUAGACGGCCUUUUUAUAUCUGCCAAAAUGUUAGCCAAAUUACUCUUUUCUUUCUCAUACAGGUGUCCACACACCCCUUUUUUUGUUUUAAAGGCUUUGAUUCACAGUUGAGGAAAAUCUUUCCAUGCACUAAUAACCAAAAUCCUUUUUUUUUUAAUCCUCCAAACGUUUUACUUCAAUAGUAGCAGCUGCUUCAGAUCAAGUAGAAAGUUGACCAGAUUGCACUGUUUCUGCACUGGGUGUGAAAGUAAGAGGAAGAACACAGACAUUUUUAGUAAUAGAAGCCAGCACUGAAAAAACGGAAGCAAACAUUUUUCAUGCGAGAAAAGAGAUUUAGCCGUGGCACAUGAUCCGAUUGCUGGUAAACAAUUUUACUAAACUUAUUAAACAAUUAAAAAAAGAUAAAUAGAUUAUGACUGCUUCAUCAAUAAAGUGACAGCAUUGAUGCUAGUUUCUCAUAAAAGUACCAAAAUUAGAUUUUUCCAGUUCAAAUUUACCAUAUUUUUUUGCCAUAUACAGUAA